UUAAAAAAUAAAUUCAUUCACUCUCCACAUAGUAAACACAUCCUUCCUUGCAUAUACAUCCAUACCGGCAGGAGUAUGUCCAUACGUACAUACGUACAAACGUGUAUAUUUAUAUGUCAUCAUCCUCAUCAUCAAGUGUUUAAUCAUGCCACGAGCUAUCUUAUCUGGUCACUGGUCUGAAAUUUGUACGUCGUUUUCAAUGUCACCAGUUCAUUCCCUGCCGAAAACUGGUGAACAUUUAUUCAAGUCGUGUUACAUAAAUUAUUCUUUCAAUGUCAUCUUAUAAAUAAUGGACGGAGAACCCAAAUCUUACACAAUAUUCAAUAAUUCUCAAAUAUUCUCCAAAAUAGCGUCCUACCUGCCCCUCCACGACUUAAAGAAUGGUCGUCUCGUCUGCCACAACUGGGCGACCGAGCUUGGUCCCACCUUGGAAAAAUCGACCUUUGUCGACCUUUCGAAACCCAACUAUCUCCAAACCUUACGACUUUAUAAUUCCUCCAUUGAAAAAAAUGAGACUUUUACCCACUCAAACUUCGUCAUCCGGCAUGACACCUCCUCCUCCGAUUCUGCCGUCUACAACGUCAUGAUACUCCAAUUAUUCACCUUUAUGAAAGAAACUUAUGGCGAGGAGGUCAAGUGCUUACACAUCAUUUUGGGCGAUUCUUGUCCCGGAUUUCUCAAUAGGUUGUUACAACUCGUACCAAAUCUUAAAGUCUUGGAGGUAACGUGUACUAAUUCAUUUUCACUGGCAAACACGCCAAACGUGGUUAAUCUCUCGGUCAGGAGAAAGUUUCCGGUCUUGGAAACGUUAAAGUUUCGCAGUGAGAUCACCUCGCAGAUGGAACGACGCGCCAUGAUGGCCACCCUGUUGACCGUGCUGUUUAGAAAUUGUCCCCACAAUAUUAAGCGGGUGGAGGUAUGGGACCCCGCAAUUCAGUCGGGCAUUGGGUUAGCAGCGUUUAAAAUUGUGGCAAAGUUGGAACUUAAAAACUGGACGGAUUUAAGAAUUCCGUUCUUUGGGAAUGCCAUGGUUCCCGUGAUCCUGGGGUUGAACCAGAGGUUAAGUGUGAUAAAAGUGGGGGGUAUUUAUCCCGGAAGUUUCCCAUCGUUGAGGAGGAUUUUGGAGAAACAUUCGGCGACCUUGACGAUUCUACAAGUGACUUUGGGAAGUAUGAGGACGUGUCCGAAUGAGGCAGAACUUAAGAGUAUGCAGACGCAAAAUUUCGACUUUCCAAGGUUACCCGUACUUAAGAAGAUGACCUGCUCGGUGGGAAAAUUUCCACAAAACACAUCCGUGACUUGGGAAGGCGUCAUUUCACUCUACGACCGCGCUAUUUUACGCAUCCUGCAAAUUCGCCGAGAAAUAUCCACAACUUACACAGUUAGAUUUGACCUUUUCUGGAAGUUUGUCUCCACGGCGGUCCAACUUUUUCGCAAAUAUUGACCAGAUUCCGCAAGUGAAGAAUUUAUCGGUAGAACUCAAACGUUGGGGGCGCACAGCCGGACGAGAUGUGUGGGUUCUUCGAUUAAUCGAUAUAUUUCCGAAUGUUAGAAAUCCUAUAAUAAUUGAGCCUAAGGAAGAUUAAUUAAUGAGACAGUAUUAAUUUUUAAUUUAAUAAAAUUGAUAAGAAGUGUGAAACAUGAUGACUAAUUAAUUGUAUCAAUAGUUUUGGGUUAUGAAGUAAAGAAUGGUAAAUCGAAAG